AUGGCCUCCUCUCUGCUCCUGUGCCUGCUCUUAUGCAGCUACUAUGCCAUUGCUCAUGGAGGCAAUGAGCACGACUUUGUUGUGGUGCCAACAAGCUCUUUUGCGUCCGAACCAGCCUGCUCAGCUGCAUCAUCACGAGCGACUUCUGCUCCGAACCGUGCGUCCGUGCCACUGGCACACCGGCACGGUGCGUGCGCGCCCUCGGGGGCCACGGACAAGCCAUCCUUAGCCGAGAGGCUCCACCGAGACCGUGGUCGCAGGAACUACAUCGUAAGCAAGGCCUCAGGGCGCACGACCUUGUUAUCCGAGGGCGGCGUGAGCAUCCCGACGUCCCGGGGGGACGCCGUGGACUCUCUGGAGUACGUCGUCACGCUGGGCAUCGGCACGCCGGCCGUCGAGCAGACUGUGCUCAUGGACACCGGCAGCGAUCUGUCGUGGGUGCAGUGCAAGCCGUGCAACUCCAGCGAGUGCUACCCCCAGAAGGAUCCCUUGUUUGAUCCGAGCUCGUCCUCCACGUACACUCCUAUCCCGUGUGACACCGACGCGUGCAGAGACCUGGGAUCCGACACCUACAACCAUGGCUGCACGAACGGCACCGGUCCCUCCCUGUGCCAGUACGGAAUCAGGUACGGCGGCGGGUCGACCACGGUAGGGCUGUACAGCACGGAGACGCUAACGCUCAAGCCCGGGGUUUCCAUCAAGAACUUUAGCUUCGGCUGCGGCUUUGACCAGCAUGGCCCGUACGACAAGUUCGACGGCCUCCUUGGACUCGGCGGGGCACCCGAGUCGCUCGUGUCACAGACGACCACGCUGUAUGGUGGCGCCUUCUCGUACUGCCUCCCACCGGGAAACAGCACCGCGGGGUUCCUCGCCCUCGGCGCGCCGAGCAACCACACGGCGGGCUUCGUGUUCACUCCGCUGCACCGCUUCCCGGACGUGGCGACGUUUUACAUGGUGACUCUUGCCGGCAUCAGCGUCGGUGGGAAGCAGCUCGACAUACCGCCGACGGUGUUCUCAAAGGGCAUGAUCAUAGACUCCGGCACGGUCGUCACGGGGCUCCCGGCGACGGCCUACUCGGCGCUGCGGUCAGCUUUCCGAAGCGCCAUGUCCGCGUACCCGCUCUUGCCACGGAACGACGGCCUCGACACAUGCUACAACUUGACCGGCUUAAGCAACGUGACGGUGCCGAAGGUUGCCCUGACGUUCUCCGGUGGCGCGACGAUCGACCUCGACGUACCGUCCGGGGUUCUGCUGGAAGGCUGCCUCGCUUUUGUCGGAGGGAGCUCGGAUAGCCAGGUCGGAAUCAUUGGCAAUGUGAAUCAGCGCACGUUCGAGGUGCUGUACGAUUCCGGCAAGGGGAAGGUCGGGUUCAGGCCAGGUGCUUGCUGA